UCUAUGUGUAUAUGUGCUUAAAUUUUUAAGCUUGUAAUCGUUUAAGUUUGACUAUUACGAAAUUAAUACUUUGACCUUUAUUUUGUGCAAAACGCUAUCCUCUUUUAACUGCAUUUCCGGUACCUACAGUAUGCCUACCAGUUGUUAAUCUAAGGACAACGUUUAAUUAAAAAGGUAGUAGAGUAUAAUCUCUUUAAGGUCAAAUGAUUUAUUAAAUUAAAACCGUUUCAUUUUACCAGCUUAUAGAAUAAAAUCAAACUAUUCAAGCAUAUCCGUCCUUACCAUAAAUACUUGUCAAAUAUGAACUUUUACUCAGUACAUCUAGGUAUUUCUCCUGAACAUCUCUAACAAGUACUUAAAAUGCGUUUGCCAGUGCUUAUUUUAAUCACUCUUCAUCAUUUCGCGUGUUCGGAACCAUACGGAAGGCCAUCUUAUGAAUACAGGUAUCAAACGGAAGAUGUAAUGCAAAGUGAUGCCACAAGCAUCCCUGUACGCGGAUAUCAUAGUGUGCGUAGAGAUUAUUAUCCAGAUUUGGAUUUUAGUCAUUCUUCGGGGCUGUUUCGUCCCAAUUAUAGACGAUUUGAUCGUCAUCCAUAUACGCAUUCCGAUUAUCACAGGAGACCUUACUACCAACCGCGUUAUUCUUAUUAUAAUCACGUAGGUGGUGGUGGUUAUAACGAUGGUCAGAGGUUUAGCGAGGGCGGCAAGACUUACAAAGACGACAACUACGAAAAGCUGCAUGGAAGUCAUGGUGAACACUCGGUCGAAGACCAAGCUGGUUAUAAUCGUGGAAACGCGAACGUAAAAAGUAGCAAGGGAAACUCUGGCUACCAUAACGAAGAAGUGGGCAAAAGGAAGUCGGCCGAUGAUGGAAAAUCUUACCACGGAAGUGAACAUGUCAACCAAGAAGGAAAGCAAGGUGGGCAAGAGCAAGAAAAAGCUUCUCACAAAAAGGGACACGUAGUAAAAGGUUUUAAGAAAUCCCACCAUAAGGACGAAGAUUCUAAAACUGAAGAGUAUUACGAUGAAGCUCAUAAUGAAGGUGGUAACCACAAGUUUGGAGAAGGAUCCGGAAGCUUCGGUAAAAAUAGUGCUUCUGCCUACAAGGGAGGGCACGAUGAAGGAGGUUAUAAUGAAGUAGCAAAGAAAGAUGAUGGUCAUUACGAUUCCAAACAUUCUGUCGUUAACGCGGAUGGUGAUCAAGGUCACUACAAUAACAAUAAGCAUUUUGAAAAGGGAGAAAGCUAUGAUGCACGAAAUGGAGGCGAUCAGCAUUCUUUGUUGGGGCAUCAAGAAGUGAGUAAAGUGUACAACGAGCGUCCUUUUUUCCCUAUAGAUAAAUAGACCCAAUGAAUAAUUUAAAUGAUACAGAUA